UCCUUUCUUCCCAUCGUGCGAGGAGAAUCCUGUUCUACUGACAUCCCCCGGCCACGACCAAGCACCAAGAGUAGAGAGUCUCAACUGGCAAUAUACUGUCGUUUAGCAGGAUUGGCAGUGACCUACCCACCAAUCCGACAAUGAGCUCUACUCCACCGCCUUAUGAGACUGUUCACAAAUAUGAGAAGAGGCCAUUGGACAGCCCCAAGGAUGAAGCCAGCCCUCGCCCCCCUGCUCGCAUCUCCCGCCUGAAGAUCGCCUUCGUCCUCGUCCUCGUGUACCUAGACGUGCUCGUCCUCGCACAGCACUUCAACAUCUUCUCCUUCCUGCUGGACGACGACCCGCUCGAGAAGCAGAACACGCUCCGUCACGAAUGGCGCCGCGAGCAAGACGCCCACGCCCGCGAAGUGGCGGUAUGGAAUCACGAGCGCGCGACGCACGUCCGCGAGAUGCACGCAUGGCAGCACGAGCUCGUCGCGCUCCAGGACAGGCGCGAGCAGUGGAUGCGCGAAGCCGAAGCCGAGCGCGCGCAGUGGGCGGCGGAACGCCGCAGCGAGGAGCUCCGCAAGAAGGAGGUCGAGCGCAUGCGGCAGGGCGUGCACUGGUCGGAGGCGUGGGGGAACCAGCGGUGCAGCGCGUACGGCGCGCGGGCGUACAACGCGCGCCUGCUGGACAUCCCCGAGGAGUUGGGCUGGUACGAGGUCUGCGCGGACAUGCCGAACAGGUUCCACGGGCGCUGGGUCGACAGGCCCGCGAGGUGCCAGCGCGAUCGGAACGGGGUUUGGGCUACCUGGUACAUCGACUUCGAGGAGCCGCGAUGCAUUACUUACUGGGACACCCUUCGUGACUUGGGUUGCAGCUCAGCCCAGUCUGGCAAGCGGCGUUACGAGGCCCGCCUCAUGAAUCUCACCCAUCGGGAUGACUGGGACGCGAUGUGUAGCACCACGCCCGCUACAAUCAACGGCAUACACUUUGACCACCCCACCGCCUGCGAGGACAGGGCUGGGGCGACUGGGGUCUGGGAUGUCCCCGAUGAUACCUGCUUCUAGCGCUUCAACAUCGAUGAUUAUCUCGUUUUCCUACGACACCCACGAUAAGACACGACCCUCAUGAUGAUAUCUAUAAUUGGGUUCAGGAGAGGUUUUCUGGAGGUCCGGACUUGCGUUCACAUUGCACACAGGUGUCCUGUCUUUACGCGUGUUGCUGUACGCAGUGUAUUUUGAACUACCG